AUGUUUGGAAAAGAGGAAUGCCCGGUCAUCGGGGAGCCUAUCUUCGAGAACAAGCCCUCGAAUGACGAAUAUGUAUCUGACCAUAGGGAAACCAUUCGUCUCCAGCGUUCCUUCGGAACAGCUGCAGAGCGAGCGCGGCGGAACAUGAACGCGAAGCUGGCCAACCCGCUAGCCGGAUAUACCCAAGAGGAAUUGCGUCAGCAGGGCAUCAACUUCGCCAUCACUCACCAGAUGGGUGACGAAGAGGAUGUGCGUGCCUUUGCAAUGGGUGCCAUGCUGGCGCAAGUCCCUGAAAGAUAUGCAGAGGUGCCCGGUCUGACGCCCCAAGAGCUGGCAGUUCUGGAGAAUGAAUACGCUCAUCGCUGGUCCCAGCCAUGGACAAUGUACCUGGUCAUUUGCUUGUGUUCCCUGUCGGCUGCUGUUCAGGGAAUGGAUGAAACCGUCGUCAAUGGCGCCCAGAUUUUCUAUAAGCAUCAGUUCGGCAUUGAUCGUGGCAGCGAGUCCAGGUCAAAUUGGCUGCUUGGUCUCGUAAACUGCGCACCCUACAUGUGUUGUGCUCUGGUCGGCUGCUGGUUAACAGUCCCGUUCAAUGCCUGGUUUGGCCGACGAGGCACCAUCUUCAUUACCUGCUGUUUUUCGGCCAUCACCUGUCUCUGGCAAGGAUUCGUCAACACUUGGUGGCACAUGUUCAUUGCGCGCUUUGCUCUGGGCUUUGGCAUUGGACCCAAGUCAGCUACUGUCCCGAUCUAUGCCGCAGAAACAGCCCCUCCAGUCAUUCGUGGUGCUUUGGUCAUGCAAUGGCAGAUGUGGACCGCCUUUGGCAUCAUGUUCGGCUAUGUCGCCGACCUGGCUUUCUUCGAGAUACAGGACCCUGCAGGUAUCGUCGGACUUAAUUGGCGCUUGAUGAUGGCCUCGGCCUUGUUUCCAGCCCUCCUCGUCUGCUGCUUUGUAUUCACGUGCCCCGAAUCGCCCCGCUGGUACAUGUCGCGCAACCGCUAUGACAAGGCCUAUGAGUCCAUGUGCAGUUUGCGCUUCAACAAGGUCCAAGCUGCGCGUGACUUGUACUACAUGCACACAUUACUGCAGGCAGAGACGGGCAUGAAACUCGGGCAGAACAAACUCAUCGAACUCAUCGCAGUUCCCCGAAACCGGCGCGCAUUGAUUGCAUCGGAGCUGGUCAUGUUCAUGCAACAGGUAUGUGUGAAUGUUAUUGCCUACUAUUCAUCCGAGAUCUUUCUCGGGACUACGGGAAACUCUCUGACACAGUUGUCCGUAUCAAACCAGCGAAAGGCACUAGCAGCAUCUUUUGGCUGGGGUAUGAUCAACUGGCUUUUCGCUAUACCGGCUGUAUACACAAUUGAUACCUUUGGCCGUCGCAACCUUCUCCUCACCACCUUUCCUCUAAUGGCUUUGUCCAUGUUCUUCACCGGCUUUAGCUUCUGGAUACCGGAAGAUACGCACUCUUCAGCCAGGCUUGGAUGUAUUGCAUUAGGCACAUAUCUAUUCGCGAUAGUGUAUUCUGUCGGGGAGGGUCCAGUACCAUUUACCUAUUCCGCCGAAGCCUACCCACUUUACGUCCGUUCCCACGGCAUGGCCUUGGCGACUGCGACGACAUGGCUGUUCAAUUGUCUGCUAGCCAUCACCUGGCCAUCUCUGCGUGCGGCAUUUACUCCGCAGGGGGCAUUCAGCUGGUACGCGGGGUGGUGCAUCGUCGGGUGGUGGCUGAUCCUGAUGUUCAUGCCCGAGACCAAGGGGAAGACGCUAGAAGAACUGGACCAAGUCUUUUCAGUUCCCACACGCUUCCAUGCCGCAUACGGUCUUCGCCAGAUUCCUUACUUUUUCCGAAGGUACAUUUUACGUCAAAGAGUCCGCCCGGAGAUCCUGUAUGAGCGAGAUGACGAGGUUCCCAUGACCGAGGCUGGCUACAAUACUGCCUGA